GAUACGCUCAGGCUCAGUUCAGUGGUGUUGUAACAGCCGUCGUGUGAGUAUGUCUUUGAACCGAAGACUACGCGAAAAUCGGCCUUGGUUACAGAGUUCGUUCUUUUGAGGUUAGGGCAAUAAACAGUGCUUUUUCUGACAGUAGGAGUGCAUUUUUUCAGUUGACAAACGUUUUUACGGUUGGUUUAGUGUAGUAUGGCUGAUUAAUAGCUUUUAAUUAAGGUGCAUCCCCUUUUUUAUAAAUCAUAAUGUGUAAGGCCUCUUGUUAAAUUUUACAAACCUUCACAGGACACCACUAUAAUCGGAUAAUACAACAGAAAUGGACAUUUCAAUUUUUUAUGCAGUGAAGUUUGUUUCAAUCCGAACAAGUGUCAUCUAAAAACUUUUUCCUUAAUAGAACAUUCUGAUAUUCCAAAUUGGUGAACACUACCUAGUUCUACAGUAUUUGGAAUCUUUCAUACAACAAGAGAGUAAAAUGGAUGUGCCAAUCUGAUUUGAAUGAAUGAAUACUCGUCUGUUCAACUACAGCAGCGAAUUUGUUCGUCAAAGAAGAUAUUGCUACCAGAGAUCUCGUCUUCGCAUAAAUCAUCUUUGAAACUACAAUCUGUUGAAUCUACACGAAACACCAGUGUCCAAGUGGAUUAAAAGGAGAAUAAUCAGCGAGCUACCGUAGAAGUAUAAUUUCUGGUCAUUGAGCAUAAACGCACGAUAGCGGCAUUUAAAAAAGGCAAAAUCAAGAAUAUUGAUAUCAUUUUUGAAGUUCCACAGAUUUUAAGUGGAGCUUCUAGUGUUAUUGAGAGCCCUUCUCACAUGAACAAAAAAAGGAUCAAUUUUAUCAUAUUCAAUUGGAUUGAAUAAACCACAACUCGUGUGGAUUUUUCAAAGUUUCACCGAAAGUUUCGAUCAAAAUGGACUCUCCUCAAAUGUAUGACAACAAUAUAUCGUCCAAUGAGGCUAACAAAAAACUCCAACAGCAUAUCAAACGAUAUUCAGAUCUCCCAGACCUAAAUACUCCCGAAAUAUCGUUGGAUCUCCAGAAUUUGAUCGACGAUAGUCAGUUCAGUGAGGGAUUAUUCACCGAGAUACUAAGCGGACCAAAAGCAGCUGCAGCUAUCGGUGUACGUCCCCAAUUCCAACAGAGAUCGUUGGCUUAUAUACCGCAGCCAGUGCAUUUCCCAGAUAACACUGCAGCUCCUAAUGGAAACACUGCAACUCAUGCAGCUCAGCCGCAAGCACAGUCUAGUGCAGGUGGAAAUCAAGCCAAUAUCAAAACGGAACCACCUGAAGGCUCUCUGGACUACAGGACAACUGCAGCAGCAGUAGCUACAGCUGCGGCAGCUACUUACAGUGUGCUAAGCAAUGGUGCCGGUAAUGCAUUCUCAAAUCCAUCUCCAUCGCUGCUGAAAAAUCAGCUGUCACAUCAUUCAGCACAUCACAAUGUUCACCACCAUCACCAUCACCACAGAAAACCAUCCAAAUCCAUCGACAAGAACACUGACGAGUACAAGAGACGACGGGAACGCAAUAACAUCGCUGUGAGGAAGUCCCGUGAGAAGGCGAAGAUGCGCUCCAGGGAAACCGAGGAAAAAGUAAAGCUUCUCAUCAAAGAAAACGAACGCCUUCAGAAGCGAAUUGAGCUUCUCACUGAGGAACUCAAUGUGUUGAGAUCUCUGUUCACAAAUGUUGGAGUCCUACCGGAGCAUCUGCACCGUGAACUGAACAAGCAUCUUGACACAUACCAGCAUGGCGUCCAGUGACAGUGAUUUUGACACGUGCAGUACGGUGAUGCAGCUGUCUCCAACUUGCACACCUCAGCCGACUAAAACUGCAUGUGGAUACUAUUGAACAAUGAACAUUGAAACCACUACACAAUAAUUCCGUUUACUCAUAAAAUUGUACCAAAAAGACAUCAUAACCGACCAAUCAGCCAAUUCCAGUUUAUCUAUACGUGAUCUAGAGACACUAUCACUAUAAACGAACUUUCUUCCAAGUAAACAACUCGUUAGCUAUUCAAUGUUUGUGAUCUAUCAAGCUUCUACAGCAUACAAUAACCAUAAAAUCUGGGACAUUAUUGUAAACUGUGCUCCCGGAACCAAUGAAACUCCAUCUGUAAGGGGCAAAUUCAAUGCUAAUAUUAUAAUUCCUCGUUACAAUCGAAAUGUCUUAGAAAAUGAAUAUAAUUGAUUAGAGAUGUGCAAUCAUCCAAUUAACGAAUGUUGAUUCCAUGGUGUCGACUGCUUGGUUUUUGGAGGACUGUCACUGACGAGAAGCUAUACUAACUUAAUGUAGAUUAGUUUUCCUACUGAUUGCCCACAAUGUGAUGUCAAUACAACAAUUGAUCUUGGAGGAUAGGGGAGUUUUAGAUAAACUAGCCAUUGAUAUUCCUAUUAUUUAGUUUUUCCACCCUUAUCGAAAGAGGUAAUAAUCCCCGGACAAAGUGUGAACAUUGAUUUUCCUGAUGGACAAAAAAAGUGCCCAGUUGAAGCUUUUUUGUGAUGGUGAUUUGGAAAGCAUUUGUGGAAGUUUUGGAAGGACAUUUUCGCCACUUUCUCCUGCACUUGUGGAUAUCCUGAACGAGAGAGGCCAACUUCUUAACCUUGUGGACUCCUGCAGUAUCCAGAAUUUUCUUCACCUGCCAAAGUUUCCAGAGGAUCAUCGUUAUGGUUGACGUAUAAGCAGUCUCCUCCAGAGUGAAUUCGAACGCCAAGUGAAAUCAACGUAAUAUUUUCACUUUCGGAUUAUGAGUUUGUAGAGGACUAUCAUGCAAAGUCUGUGCAGCUCAUGCUGAUAUAUUGAUUGAGCUCCGAUGUUGUUUUUAUGAUAUAAUGUCCUAAUUUAUUUAAUUAAUAAUUCGAUGAUGAAUAAAAAUGCAACUCUGGAUCGAAUAUAAUUAUUAGUUCAGUCAUUAGAAUGUAUCUGUAUUUUUGGUUUUGAUCCUAUGGACAUAAUAUAACGACUUUCAAAUGAACUCAUGCUAUCAAAACCUGGAGUAAACUUGGAUUUUUAAGCUUUUGAGCUUAAUGUCUUCUAAACUCGUUCUAUACUACACUCAGUUUGAAAAAUUUGCAUUUUUCAGUAUUGUUUUUAUUACUCAUGUGACUUGAUAUUUCUUCUUCUCAUCAAUUCAAUACAAAUCUAGUGAUUGAAUUGAAUAAUUUGGCUAUAAAUAUAAUGAAUCAAUUUAAUAAAUUUUUUGAUUGAUUUCUAGAAAUUUUCAACACCUUACUACAUUCAGCAAUGAAUAUUUUGAUUUCAUAGACUCUCCAUAAAGUUUCUAUAUUUUGGCGUUUUCACACAAAUGUUUUGUUCUAUGAUGUGAGAGAUUUUUAUAGAAGAGCCUAAUAUAAAAUGUUACUUUAUUAACGUUCAAAGUAACCGAUUCGUUUCAUGUGCCUUAGUAGACUACAAUAAAAAAGAAUUGGUUACUAUUGAGUGUAUCAAUCUUUGUUGAUUAGAGAUACAUUCUAAUGACUGAAUUAAAUGUGAUGGUUACGCUGCUCUUCAUCUAAAUUUAUAUUAUUUUUGGAAAUGCUUGAUGGAGCUUAAUUGAGUAAAGUAUAAUUUGUACUUGAAGAUAUCUUCUUACUUGGGGAAACAAAUAAUAAUAGGGCGAAGCUAUCAUACAAAUAAUUCGAUGCUAGAUUGUCUUGAAUGGAACACUCUACGGUUGAUAAAACUAUUUUAAGACUUGUAAUAUUUUUUCUUUGUUUUUUUUUGGAUUGAAACAUUAACGGGGAUUCUAAAAAUGAUCAAUUUUCAUAAAGGCUGAUAUAAGCACAACUUUCUGUAGUUCUUAAUUGCCAUGUUCACUUAUCAUCACAGAUGAAUAAGUUCAUUUAUUAGAUGUCCAUUUAUGAAUAGCCUAUUUCUUAUUUAUAAGACCCACCUAAGAGAAGCUAAUGGGGAAAAUAUUCUUAGUCUAUUCCCCCCCCCCCAUUAAUCGGUCAAUUAGCCAGCAGUCGACUGUUUUUUCGAGUAGAUUAAAGAAAAACUUUUCUACAAAUAUGAUUACCAAAAUAUUAAACAUAUUUACACGUCAAAAAAAUAUUGAUCUUUCCAAUCGCAUUAUUUUGUACAGAAUUUGCAAUCCCAAUCAUCAGAAAUAUAUCAAGUUUUGCAAUUUUUUUCACUGAUAUCUUUCAACUGUUUGUAAAUUUUUCAUAAAAAUUUCAAUGAUGAAGUAAAACGACUAUAAUUAUUGAAUUCCUUGAAGAAAGAUUUGUCUUAUACUAAAAUAUAAGCAGUAUUUGUUUAUAGUUACCAUGAAUUGUUUACUUCUUAUUGAUAUAAACUUUUUAUUAAUCAUUUCUUCACGUUUAAAUGAUAAAAAAAUAUCACCAAACGAUCUAGUUGAUUUUUUCAACUACUUCUCUUGUCUCACUGUUCAUAUUAUUCUUUAUCAAUCUUUCCUUGUUCCAUUUUUCAUCAAGGUUGUAAAUACCUGUAUUCAUCUUGAUUUCAUUGUAUUUUCAUUGGUCUUUUGUCUUAUUGGGAUGAUUAUAAUAAUGUGUUGUAAAUUACCCUAUUAUGUUUUAUUAUCAAUAUUAUUAAUACUUAUUUUUAUAUUUUUUUAUGUAAGUUACGCUCGUAAUUCAAGUUUACCAUUUGAAUGUACAAAAGUUGUGUCGACAUUGAACCAAAUGUAAAUGAAUAAUCUUUUAGUUUGCACGGAAUAGAUAUUUUCAUACUGAAUAUCGCUGGAUAAUAUUGGAGUCUAUUUAGUUUAUAAGACCAUUACAAUUCUCCUCUUAUAAUAGAUAUAGGAAUCAUUUAGAUGGAAUUUAGUAAUUUAUCGGUUUAUAUUAGAUUUUAUCUCUCAGCUUAUAUGAUCCUGAAUAAUGAUUAAUUUCAUCUUAAUUUCUAAGUUGCCUCCAUACUUUUCUGCGGAAUGAGCUAAGUGCUGAUGGAAUUGUAGAUUUUUGUGUGCUAUUAUUUGAUGAAACUAUAUCGCGAAUUCACUAUCACUACUCUUUUGAGAAUUUAUACUUAUUGUUAUUAUAUUAUAAUUAUCCAACUUAGCUCUACAGAAAGAAAAUAUUGCUGUUUUUCGAACUGCCGAAGCAUUUUUCAUCAAUUUUUAAGUGAAUUUUUUUGUAGUUCAAGUCAUCAUCUUAGCUAUCUCUCACUUUGUUUUAUAUAUUUGCUACGUUUUGUGGAUCAUUAGUUUCAGAAAACCUUGAAUGUCUAAACAUUGUGCCUUUAAAUGAUUGAUGAGAUAAUUCUAUUUCAAUUUGACAAUUUGUAUAAAUAUACAUGUUUACUCAACCUUUAUAUGUAUAAUACAAGAUAUUAGGCGAGCUUUGGAAUAAAAUUACUUGCUAGGUUGUAGUAUGAAGACACGACUGUUAUAAACUAAAGUCAGUAAAUCUUUAUCCAAUUGCUGAGUCGAUGAUUUGAACCCGUUAUUCUAUUCAUAUAUUCUUGAAUACCACGGGCUCUUCAAAUAAAGGAUCAUUUUUUCAAGUUAAUUUUUUCCCGUAUUGGGAAAUUCCCAUUUUUCAAUAAUGAUAAUGAUUUGUGGAGUUUUUAUUGAUUAUAAUUUCAUAUAUUAUUAGAAAUACAGUACUUGCUGAAUAUGAAAGUUCAUCUUCAUUGUUAUUUGACUCAUUAUUCAAAUACGGCAAGUUACAUUUUAUGCGAUCAGCCUAUACGGUAUUUUCCGUAACUCAUAAAUAUAUAUUUUUAAGCGUUUUGCUAAAAUCGCUUGAAUAAAAUUCUUUACAUUCGAAUUUGUUCGACAUCCAUUUGCACAUUUAUUUUCGCUAUUCACAUUUCCUCAAAAACUAUUAAUUCGAUAUCUACAUUGAUUUAAGGCGAACGUAUUGAAUGAGAAUGUGAAUAUAGUAAAAUUAUACAUAUCCAAGAUACUCUUGGAUACAGGACUACAGUUGUGCCAAACUGUAUAUGUUAAUAUAUACUAAAUUCUCCAAAAUAUUCAAUAAAAAUGCUAGAAUUAUUUGUUGGCUUAAUCUGUACGUUACUUAUAAGAUAUCAUUUCCGAAAUUGAAACCGGAAUAAUUUUUUUUUAUAUGGUAAAAAAUCAAAGUACCAGAACUAAAUUCCAAGAUUCUGAAAAUAUUCCCAAGAUCUCGUACAGUCUAUUUACAUGAUAAUUGAUUCCUAUAUAACACUAUAUAAACAAUAGGCUACUUUAUAUACUUUAUACUUUAAACACUUUAUCUACUUCAUAUUCCUAUGAGAGUUUAACGUCACACAAACCCUCUCCUCUCAACAAUAGAUUUCAAUACAUAAUAUCUACUCAUUAAAAAGAAAAACAUAUAAACAUGGAAAUUAUUGUGUUGUGUAUCCAUUUUUUCCACUAUUAAUUUAACAUUGCAUUUUGAUACACACUUUUAAAAUGGAAGAAGCACUUAAAUAAUCAGUCUGCCGUUUAUGACCCACACCAGGUCGAUCAUCACUGUUAAUGUAAGUGCUUCACUGUUAUAAAAGUGUCUUUCAAAUGCAAUGAAGUUAUAAUGGGAGUUAUCAUUUUUGCAUUGUUGUAAGUGAAGUUUUUGAUAGAGUAUCUUCCCUCCAUUUUCAUAUCCAUGAUAUACUAAGAACAAUAAUUACUACCCCAGUUGAAUGUGUUCAGAUGAAUUGUGUAAAUAGAACAAGAAAUUCAAUCUAUUUUUUAUACUGAAUGAUUAUAAUCAAUGUGUGAUGUAACUUUUAUUUUUCUAAAUCUUUCAUGAUUUCUACUUAGAAGAAAUGAUAUUUUUCAAAAUAUCACUAGAAAUAAGCUAUAUAAAUCUAUGAAUUAUGAGUUAUAAUAUUAUUUUGGUAAAAAGUUCUGUAAAAUUUUAAAUCGUCUUCUUUCGAUGUUUCUCUCCUUAAUUUCUGUACAUACAGAUGUUAAAUUAUUUUUAUUGCUAUUCUUAAGAAGUUGUAUAUGUAUGAUGAUUAUUAAGAUCAUUAAUAUAAUUUCUAUUUUGGAAAAGUAUUGACACUUACUGGAGGUACUUAAAUGUACCUUUUAUUUAUGUUACCAUGAAUUAAAUUUCGUUCUUUCAAUUGUA